AUGCUCUUCUCCGAUCAACGAAAACACAAAAUAGCAAUUCCAGCGACCGAUGAACAGGGCCAGCCCUCGAAUGUCGCGUUCCUCAUCACCUGGCUUUGUAGGAACCUCAUGAAAGACCCGAGGAGAGAGAUGUUUGUUCUGGAAGACUCAGUGUAAGUCUGACUGAUCCUGAAAGACUACCAACUUUUCAAGCUGAUAUAUCCAGACGGCCUGGUAUUCUGGUCUUGAUCAAUGACGCAGAUUGGGAACUCGAAGGCGAAGACCAGUACGAGAUCCAGCAAGGAGACAACAUUGUCUUCGUCUCGACCUUGCACGGAGGUUGA